AUGAGCCAGAAGCCCACAGCAGAGCAACUUAGCGAGUUCAAGGAGGCAUUCGGACUGUUCGACCGGACGGGCGAGGGCAAGGUGCCAUUGUCCUCCCUGGGCACACUUCUGCGCGCGCUGGGCCAGAACCCAACAGAGGCGGAUGUGCACGACAUCACCGGCGACGUGGACCCGUCCGACGAGACCAAGGGCGUGGCGUUCGACGAGUUUGUCGACAUUGUGAUGCGGCCAGGCGGCUUCAACUCGGCAUCGAGCGAGGCGUCGUUCAACGAGUUUGUGCAGGCAUUUCAGGUGUUUGACCGCGACGGCAACGGCUUCAUUUCUGCGGGUGAGCUGCGGUAUGUGCUGACGAGCCUGGGCGAGGCUCUGUCGGAUGUCGAGGUCGACGAGCUGCUCAAGGGCGUGCCCAUGGACAAGCACGGCAACAUCAACUACGAGGAGUUUGUGCGCACCCUGAUCGCGGCCUAA